UAUAUAUACCGAAAAAGUUCUUCCACUGGUUUUAAUUGCAGCCAUGGCCACUCACGCAGCUCUAGCUUCCUCAAGGAUUCCGGCCAACACAAGGCUUCCCUCUCGGAGCUCUCACUCUCACGCCACUCAGUGCUUCUCUAAGAGGCUUGAAGUGGCCGAUUUCUCUGGACUCCGAUCCAGUACGUCCGUGACCUUCGGCAAGAAUGCCAGAGAGUCGUCUUUCUUUGAUGUGGUGGCUUCCCAACUUGCUCCCAAGGUUGCCGCUUCUACACCUGUUAGGGGAGAGACAGUCGCUAAGUUGAAGGUAGCAAUCAAUGGUUUUGGACGCAUUGGCCGGAAUUUCCUCCGGUGCUGGCAUGGCCGGAAAGACUCACCCCUGGACGUCGUUGUUGUGAACGACAGUGGCGGUGUUAAGAAUGCUUCGCACCUUCUCAAGUAUGAUUCGAUGUUAGGAACUUUCAAGGCGGAAGUGAAGAUCGUGGAUAACGAGACCAUCUCCGUUGAUGGUAAGCCGAUCAAGGUCGUCUCAAACCGGGAUCCUCUCAAGCUACCAUGGGCAGAUUUAGGAAUUGACAUCGUUAUCGAGGGAACAGGAGUGUUUGUGGAUGGCCCAGGUGCUGGUAAACACAUUCAAGCUGGGGCUAAGAAGGUUAUCAUAACAGCUCCAGCCAAAGGAGCAGAUAUUCCAACCUAUGUUGUGGGAGUGAAUGAAGGAGAUUACGACCAUGAAGUAGCAAACAUUGUGAGCAACGCUUCUUGCACUACAAAUUGCUUAGCUCCUUUUGUGAAAAUCAUAGAUGAAGAGUUCGGUAUUGUUAAAGGAACAAUGACAACUACUCACUCCUACACAGGGGAUCAGAGGCUUUUGGAUGCAUCCCACCGUGACUUAAGGAGAGCAAGAGCGGCUGCACUGAACAUAGUCCCAACAAGCACGGGAGCAGCCAAGGCUGUGUCUCUAGUAUUGCCCAAGCUCAAGGGCAAGCUCAACGGGAUUGCACUUCGAGUGCCUACACCUAACGUCUCGGUUGUGGACCUGGUUGUAAAUGUUGAGAAGAAAGGAAUUACAGCCGAAGAUGUGAAUGCGGCCUUCAGGAAGGCAGCGGAGGGACCACUGAAGGGCAUAUUGGCCGUGUGUGACGUGCCUCUGGUGUCAGUAGACUUCCGAUGCAGUGAUGUCUCCUCCACCAUCGACUCCUCACUCACCAUGGUGAUGGGAGACGACAUGCUCAAGGUUGUCGCGUGGUAUGACAACGAGUGGGGAUACAGCCAACGAGUGGUUGAUUUGGCGCACUUGGUGGCUAGCAAGUGGCCAGGAGCAGCUGCAUCAGGAAGUGGGGAUCCACUUGAAGACUUCUGCAAGACAAACCCAGCAGAUGAGGAGUGCAAAGUCUAUGAAGCUUAAUUGUUUAAUUAGAUUCUUUUUCAUCUCAAGUUAAUUAAUUUACUUUCAUAUUUAUAUAGCUAUAUGUCUUGAUCGAUGGACAUGAUGCUUUGCAUGCAAGGAUUAAGGUUUAUUUCUGGUCCUUGCGUUUUGUGAUGAGAAAUCGGGCGAAACUAAUGAAAUAAGGUUAAUUAGCCAACUUACA